CUACGCGACAAGGACUGACAACGACACAUGACGCUUGCAUCGCGCAGGAUCCUACUGGGCCUGGGGCUUCUCGCUCUGGCUGCAGUCUUCUUCGUUGGUAGAAGCAAUCGUCAGUCUGUGCAAGACUACGUGACUGCAAAGCGACCUUUCCAAGGCAAUAAUGGACCCAUCAAGCUCACUGGCGACGCGUUACUGCCGCAAAGUGCACCUGUAGACGGAGUAUCCCCCUUUCCGAUCAUACCAGAGGUACCGAAGCCCAACAAGGACGCCGUGCUGUACUACUUUGAAAACGAAGGAGAAGAUGGUCCCCUCAACCUUGCAUUCUUCGUCGCGCACGCGAUACAUGACAAGGCUGAUUUUUACUUCAUCAUCAAUGGUUUGGAUCUAUCUCAAAAGAUUCCCAAUGCACCCAACAUCCAUGUCAUCAAGCGUGAAACGGAAUGCUUUGACCUCGGUGCGAUUGGAGAGGUCCUGCAAGCAGACGAUGGUGCCAUCAAAAAGACGUACGAGCGAUUCAUCUUGACUGGUUCAAGCGUACGUGGACCUUUCUUCCCAGGAUGGGCGAGACGUGAGAACAAGGCCUGCUGGACGAAUGCUAUAUUCUCACCACUGAAGGGCAACACGAAGCUUGUUGGACUCGCAGCCAAUUGUGAUACAACAUGGGGACCCAAACAUCUACAAGCACAUAUGCUCGCAACGGAUAGGAUGGGUCUCGAAGCUAUGAUGCCGGCAUUGGCAUGUUUCAAGAACGGCGAUGAAGCUUUCAAACAAGGCGAGCAUGUCUUGACGCAACUUGUCCGUAAUGCAGGAUGGGACGCCGUGCCACUGUACAGUGAGUUCCUGUCCAACGGUCGGAAAUCCAAUACAGAGUUCUGGGAGGGUUGCAAGCAUAGCGAUGUAUUCUGGCCUGGUGCGUACCACGAUACGGAUGUUCAUCCGUUCGAUACCAUGUUCAUCAAAGUUUGGCACGAGGAUGGCUUCCUACGACGCAAUGCCAUGUCUGAUAUUGGUAUGAAGCUUGUUGCAGACUUGACGCAAUUGGCAGAUGACAGCAAAUUCACAAGUCAAGCUUGCCUACACUCUCAUGGUGAUUCUCUUUCGCAGUGCUGGCACACAUGUUUCAUGGCCACCGAAUACUACUGA